UUGCAUCGAAGAGCGUCAAGUUAAAAGAAGGGCAAAAACUGGAUGUGUUUUGAUGAGUUUUAAGUUGUGUUGAAAUCAGAAAUGUGUUACAUUUAACACCGGAACAGCGCUACUGCGAAGGGAUAAAACUAAUUAAUGUGGGAAAAAGUCAGAACAUGGUGUGUGUGUCCGCAUAGUUAAUCUUCUGCAUGCUGCUGCCUGGAGAGCUUGUGCAGGAGAAGAGCAGAGAGCAUGGACAUGGAAGACUUCCCUCCUCCGCCUCCUGAAAUGUUGGCAGAUAGCGUCCCUUUUGCAGAUGAGGAUGAGGGGGAAGCCUUCGACUUUGAUGACAGCGGGGAUGACAUCCCUGCAGCUGAUUGCCCACCCCCUGCACCUCCAGCUCCUCUAGCUCCCAUCAGCAAGGAUCACAGCCAGAACAACAGUGUGGCCAGUCACCCUGAGGCCAUUCUCCCCAUCUCGAACCCCCCAGCACCUUCCUCCGCAUCCAGCACCACUCUAUCAUCAGCCGACACAACAGUUGCCAUGAGCGGAUCCUCCACAGCAGGUGGAGCAACAGCAGAAGCCAAGGGGACAUCUGCUGCUGAGGGGGCUGAUGACAGGGAGAAAGAUUUACCGCCUCCACCCCCUCCUCUAGAUGAUGACACAGAAACAGAUCCUCGAACAACAGGCAUUCAAGGCCAGAAUGCAUCCAUCAAUGACCCGCACCCUCCACAGGCUGUCCCUCGGAUCUCAUCCCAGGGCAAAGUCAACCCCUACUCUGUGAUUGACAUCACUCCUCUCCAAUUGGAGGAGCUGGAGCAGAAACAUGGGCCCUCCUCUUCCACUUCCUCACUAAUGGAGCCCAAAGACCAAGAGGCAGAAGGCCAUGAUAACCACCCCAGCCCUCUUGGCAUCACUUCAGGAUACUCAGUGCCAGUGCCUUGUGGCUAUGCAACCCCCUCGGGUGUACCACUCAUCACACCAACUUACACCACACCAGUCAUCAUUCGACAUCUCUCCAUGGAGGAAGACGUGACAGUGGUUGGGACUGGCAGCACUUCUGUUGACAGUGUUUUCAGUGAAGAGUAUCCACCUAUUAGAGAAGAGGAUGCUUUGGCUAAAUGGGCAUCAGAUCCUGCCAAUACUGCAUGGAUGGAAAAUCCAGAUGAGGUGAUUUAUGACGAUGUGCCCAGAGAGAACUCUGAUUCCAACACAGACCCAGAUGAGAUGAUCUAUGAUGACGUGGAACUUGGGGAGGAGGGUGGCUGUAACAGCUCCCUCGACAAUGGCUGGAGCUCUAGUGAGUUUGAAAGCUAUGAUGAGGCCAGCGAUGGGGAAGGCCGUCCUGAGAAUGGCCUGCCCCACGCCUUCAUGAGAGGAAAGCCACCCCAGAGAAAGACGCAUCUCUCUCAAGAUCUGACACGCUUGAAAGAACACUAUGAGAAAAAGAUGAAAGAUCUAAUGGCAAAUACAGUGGGAACGGUAGAGCUACAGCAGCUAAAACAGAAACACGAGCAGAAGAUGCAAAAGCUGGUGAAGGCUGCUAAGGAAGGGACCAAAGACGGACUUGAGAAAACCAAAGCUGCAGUGAAGAAGGGACGCUCUUUCAUCAAAACCAAGUCAUUCUGUCAUGAAAGGAAAUCGGCUGGUUUUGAGGAUGAGGAGUCUGAACUCUUCAUCGAGGUGGACUGUUUCAAUGUGGAGCCAAUAUUGUGUCCAGCACCAGAUGGUCUUUCACAGCAACAGCUUGUUAGAAGAUGUAUAUUGGGGUCUAUACUGGAAAGUGAGAAGAACUAUCUUGAUGCACUCAAAAGGAUAUUAGAGCAAUAUGAGAAGCCCCUGUCUCAGAUUGAGCCGAGGCUGCUGAGCGACAGGAAACUGAAGAUGACCUUCUAUCGUGUACGUGAGAUCCUGCAGUGCCACUUCCUCUUCCAGAUUGCCCUGGCGAGCCGUGUGGCUGAGUGGGACAGCCUGGAGAUGAUUGGGGAUGUCUUUGUGGCAUCGUUUUCAAAGUCCAUGGUGCUGGAUGCCUAUAGUGAAUAUGUGAACAACUUUAGCACUGCAAUGGCAGUCGUAAGGAAGACGUGUGCCUCCAAACCUGGCUUCCUGGAAUUUCUCAAGAAUCGUCAGGAGACCAGUUGUGACCGAAUGACUCUGUAUGGCCUGAUGAUGAAACCUAUCCAGAGAUUCCCACAGUUCAUUUUACUCCUUCAGGACAUGCUGAAGAACACACCAGUUGGUCAUGCAGACCGUCUGCCCCUUCAGAUGGCCCUGACCGAACUGGAGACACUGGCUGAGAAGCUCAACGAAAAGAAGCGAGAAGCCGACCAACGCUGCGAGAUCCGUCACAUUGCAAAGGCCAUGAACGAACGCUACCUCAACAAGCUUCUAAGUAACGGCAGCCGCUACCUGAUCCGCUCGGAUGACAUGGUGGAGACAGUUUACAAUGAGCGUGGUGAAAUAAUCAAAACCAAGGAGCGACGCCUCUUCCUACUCAAUGAUGUGCUCAUGUGUGCCACACCCAAUAUCCGAUGUCAGGAUGGCAGUGGGAGUGGAAGUGGAAAUGCUCCACUUGACCAAAAGUUCCUUCUAAAGUGGAGCGUACCUUUGAGCUUUGUGGAGGUGCUGGAGUUCGGAUCCAGUGAGGACAUGGCCGACAACAGCCGCUACCCAGCUCCUCAUUCAGGGGAGAAGGUCGUGAUCAACGCUAAGCCAAAUAAACUGUACAUGGGACCAGGGCAGCUCUACCAAGACCUGCAGAACCUAAUCCAUGAUCUCAACCUGGUCAACCAGAUUUCCAGCAUGAUCAGCAGUCUCAAAGGAAACUACCAGAAUGUUAAUCCCACAGUGGCUCAAGACUGGGUAUCAGGUCUCCAGAGACUGAUACUGAAGAAGGAGGAGGAGAUCAGGGCAGCUGACCGGUGUAGAAUCCAACUCCAGCUGCCUGGCAAACAAGACAAGGCGGGUAAACCCACUUUCUUCAGUGCAGUGUUCAAUACUCUCAGCCCAGCCAUCAAACAGUCAUGGAUCAGUAACUUGCAGAUGGCUAAGCUGGCUCUAGAGGAGGACAACCUACAGGGCUGGUUCUUCGCAGAGGAUGAUGGAAACCAAAUCAAAAAGCAGAAACACCCUCUCUUGCUUCGACAGAUGCCUGUGGUCAUGUCAAAACUACAGGAGUUCAAGGUGGAGUGCGCCGUACACAAUCCAGAGCCCCACAUCAACACAGAGAGCACAGCAGACACUCCUGUCGUAGGACAUGGAUGUGUCUGGGUUGCGAGUUGCACCAACCAGAUGGGCCAAAUCGCCAUAGUGGCCAUGCAGAACUCCAGCCCUAAGGUGACUGAGUGUUUCAAUGUGGAGUCCCGAAUCCUCUGCAUGGCUUUUGUCCCAACUGAGCACCUCCAGGAGAACGGUGAAAAGCUCCCUGAGAGUAAUCACUCUCCUCUAGUGAAGGCGACGGAAACCCCCAGUGUCUGUCUGGGCAUGGAGGAGGGCAGCAUUAUUGUGUAUAAGAGCAGCCAGCGGUCCAAGAAAGUGCGUCUGCAGCAUUUUUUCACCCCAGAAAAGUCCACUGUCACCAGCCUGGUCUAUAAGAAGCACUGUCUGUACGCCGGCCUGGUCAGCGGCUCCGUGGCAAUCUACUCCAGAUCACAAGAUGGUUUGUGGAACUCUGAGAAGCCCAAGUUAGUGAAGCUUGGAGUCCUCCCUGUCAAGGCUAUGCUGGCUGUGGAGGAGCACCUCUGGGCUUCAUCAGGCGGACAAGUCUUCAUCAUCAGCACCCACACACACUGCGUAGAGAGGCAGCUGGAUGCCCACCAGGAGGAGGGCAUGGUGGUGUCCCACAUGGUCGUGGCCGGUGUUGGUAUCUGGAUCGCCUUCAGCUCUGGUUCCACGCUGCGCCUCUUCCACACCGAGACCUUAGAACAUCUGCAGGACAUAAAUAUUGCCACACCUGUCCAUAAUAUACUGCCUGGGAACCAGCGAGUGUCAGUGAGCAGUCUGCUGGUUUGCCAUGGUCUACUACUGGUAGGGACCAACUUGGGAGUAACUGUGGCUCUCUCUGUCCCCAGACUGCAGGGCAUCCCUAAAGUAACAGGUCGGGGUAUGGUGUCAUUACAUGCUCACAACGGGCCAGUCAGGUUCCUCACUGUGGCUGCUGCAGUGUGUAAUCGGCCGUCUGGCCUGCCAUCCUCCGCUCCUCCUUCCUCCCUGCAGCCAGCAGAGUCUCGUGAUUUGGAGAACACCCAGCCUCCCUCAGAUUCAGCUCUGACUCCCCCCCAGGGGCGAGGCGUGUGGCUGGGAGAGGCAGGCUGCACCACCAUGGCUCUCCAGGACUCCAUGUCCUCCUCGUCCUGCGGCUCCCUAGCUCCAUCCCAGGGUUCCCUGGAGCACGGUCCUGAGGACGGGGCCCUGUACGACAUGCUUCAUGACCCAGCCCAUCACCAGAAGGGCCGCCGCUCCAGCAAGGUGGAUGUCAGCUCUCUACUGGUGGUGUCCGGAGGUUUGGGCCACCGCAGGGUGAACAAAAAGACCAAACAGUCUCGCCAUGAGGACAACACCUCCACCAUCAUGAUCUGGCAGAUCCCAUUACUGAACAUGUGACAGCAGCACCACAUUGGUAGGUUAAAUCAGAAGUGAUGCGUACGACCCUCACAAGAAGAUCUGUUUUGAACACUUGACCAGACAUUUGGCAUCAAUCAAAACAAUUAAAUGUCUUAUUUAAACUAGAACUCCAUCAAGCACUCCGUAGUAUUCCCAGGAUGCCCCUACCAUAAAGAACAAAUGAUAAAUAAAACCACUCUAUCAUGAUGGGUGACGGUGUGAACAACACACCAGUCAGCAGGCAUGUUGUACACAUUAAGGAUGUUUGCAAACACUGAAAGGUCUCUAAUUUCUGUUGGAUGUUGUCCUGUAGUUUGUCUAAUACAUUUCAUUACUGUCCAGUGUUUGUGCUACACACUUUGACUGUAUAGGACUGCAGUAUUUAAAUCAGUGUUGAAAGGAAGUGAGGAAAUGAAAGGCAUUUUAGGGAUAGCUUUUUUACAGAUUCUUGAUCAUCUAUCAAGGCCAGAGUUGUCAAUGUAAAAUCCCACAACUCAGAAUUACAUGUGCAUUAUUUUUAGAGUCAUACAGAGGUUAUGUGUUUAUAUGGAACUGGACCAGCUUCUCCGGUGCUCCAACUAUUCUACAAAAAAAAGGGAUUUUUUUUAAAAAAAAGUGAAGUACUGAUGACUGAAAUAGUUUGAGAAGGUUUGAUGAGAGUCCCUGGCUGGCCAGGUUUAUGUUCAUUAACGGAGGAAAGACUUGUCAAGACCCAGAGAUUUUUUUUUUGCCCUAAUGCAGCUUUGUUUUUCACAUAAGGAUAUUUUCAAAAAAGAUAAAAAGAUUUCUACUUUUGUCACACUUUAUAUGUACUUAUGUAUAUUAACAAAUCCAUAAAACAAUGUUUUAUUGAGCAA